UGCGCGCGCGCGCGCGUGCGCUGCUUUGACACUCACAAUAUCGACGAUUUUGCACAGAACGAGACUGAAAGUGAACUUUAUCGCAUCGUGACCAUCUUUGUUAUUCAUUUUCUUUCUCUUUUUCUCUCUCUCUCUCUCUCUCUUUUUCUUUCUUUCAUUUUCUUAUUCUUUCCGUCCAUCUCUUGAACGUUUUCAAAGGCAUUUUAAUCACGUGUUGAUAAUAUGAAGACACUAGGACGAUCAUCUAUUAUAACGAGAUACAACGAGAAGAAACUAAACAAAAGCGAAACAAAAAACGCGAGUAUCGAUAUGUAUUGCUGUUGCUGCUUUUCAAGGUGAUCUAGACCAUUAACGUAAACAAGAAUUUUCAAAGAUCUUUUUGAGAGAAAACAUCAUUAAAAAAAAGAAACGAUGUAUGGAAAAGUGCGAUACCUUUUCGCGAUAAUGCUUUGCAUCGCGAAUAUGAUCAUUUACGGUCUCAAGGUCAACAUAUCAACAGCGAUAAUUGGUAUGGUAAAAUUACGCGAAUCAACAGCAUCAAACGAGUGUCCUGAAUUUGAGGAUAUAAGUAACACGAAAUCAACGGAUUUGGAAGGACCGUUUGAUUGGACGACUACUGAACAAGGACUCGUUGUUAGCAUAUAUUUUGCAGGAUAUCUCGUUGGGAUGUUUCCUUCGGGAUAUUUCGCAGAUCGAUUCAACACGAAGCUAGUAUUAUUGAUCUGUGUAUUAGCAAAUGCAAUUUUAACGAUCAUCGUACCAAUCGCUGCUAACGUAUUGACGGUUCUCCUAAUCGUGAGAUUUUUAGCGGGUAUCAUGAGUGCUGCUAAUCUUCCAGUGGUGAACGUUCUUGUAGGAAAAUGGGUUGUUUACGAGGAAAAAAGUAUGUGGGUUGGGAUAAUCUACGCUGGAACAUCUUUGGGAACAGUCAUAUCGAUUCUGACAUCUGGUUUGAUCUUAAAAGAUCUUGGAUGGGAAGCAGUGUUUUAUAUUCACGGUACACUACCGUUAAUUUGGUGCGUCUUCUUUUAUUUUUUCUUCGAGGAUUCUCCAGAAGAACAAAAGUUCAUUACGGAAGAAGAAAGAUCAUUGUUAAUUAAUACUUAUGGUCAUCGUUCACCUGUUUCUGCUAAAAUGACUAUACCUUGGAAAGCAAUGUUCACUUCUGUACCAUUUUGGGCAUUGAUUUGGACCAACACGCUUGGAAACUUUUGUUGGUACUUCUUACUCACACAAUUACCACUAUAUAUGAACAAAAUCUUACGAUAUGAUAUUAAAUCCAAUGCAAUGAUCAGUUGUACGCCAUAUCUAAUAAAUGCAAUAACUAAUCCACUUCUUGGUAAAGCAUUAGAUUGGGGUAGGAAUAAAGGUUAUUGGUCUCAAACGGGAGCAAGAAAACUUGCUGUUCUCGUGAGUUGCAUACCACCAUGUAUAUUUCUCAUAGUGAUCAUGUACAUUGGAUGCGAUCGUAAAACGUCAACGAUUCUUUUAGUAUUGAGUAUAGUUGUUUGCGGUGCCAUUUUCGUCGGUCAUCUUUGCAAUCAAAACGAUUUGGCACCGAAUUACGCUGGUAUUCUUAUGGGAAUAACGAACACGCCAGGAACACUCUCGGCGUUCAUCUUACCAGCAUUGGUGGGAGCUUUAAUGGAACAAGGGCAUACAUUUGCAAGAUGGCGAUACGUUUUUUGGAUAAACAUCGUAGCUCAGUUACUUGCCUUUGUAAUAUUUAUGAUAUUCGGUUCCGGAAAAAUUCAACCAUGGAAUAACCCAGAGAAUGCAAGAGAUAUUAACUGGGACAACGAAGAAAGACAACAAGAAACGAGAACGUAAAUCGAUGUGCAUAUUUCUUAUCGAUGAAAUUUAUUGAAAGCAAAGAUGAAAAAGUUUAUUUAUACAUAUCGUUCCUUGGUUUUUUUUUUUUUUUUAAGAUACAUUUAUGUACUUUAAAAGUGUCAUUCUAUCUAUUUAUAUAUUAAAAGACAAUGAUUUUGUUAUUAAAAUCAUUUAAAUAUCGUCAUGCGACUUUGACAAACAAUGUGUUCACAGAUAGAUGAAUUAAUUACUUUUUUUUAAAUAAAUUUUUUACACGUUGUACAUUUAUACACGCAUAAAAAUUUAUUAACGUUUAUCUAUUACGAGUUUAUUAUAUUCUUUGUUAAUAAUUUUAUAAUAUUGUUAUUUAUUUUUUUGUUACGUAUAUAAUAAAAUUUCACGUAAUUGUGUAUUUACAUGCAACAAUCGUUGUAAUACGAAACAUAAUAAUUUUGUAAAUAUGGAAAAAUCUUAUUGAGAAAAAAAUAAAGAAAAGAUGUUUCUUUUGUUACGGAAAAAAGAAAACACGAUGAAAAAAAAAA